CGUCUGAGGAGCACAGUUUCUUCUGGUCGAUCACCUACACGAUGCUCGGCGCGUCUUUUUUCCUAUCGUUCGUCGCGAUGGCCGCGGCGGCGACUACGAUGACGAAGGCACCGACAAGAGCAGUCGUGAAGAUGACGAUAGGGACGGCAGCGGUGCCACAAGGCUUUGAAGAAGCUCGACUGUUCGGACAAUCCACUUCCACACAGCUAACUUUAUCCACCACCACUACCCCGUUGACAUGCGUUACUAUCAAUCGACCCGGACUAUGCAACAAACGCCGAAGACGCCGGGACUCGGAAACUCGGUCACGUGCUCCACCGACUCUGGAGAACGUCUUUGGAGGGGCCGAGCUCUCCAGCUCCUUGCUUGACUCCAGCCGUCCAGAUGAAGAAAUCUCGGCUAAGUCCUACCGUGGCUUNCUGUCUCUUAUACACAUCUAG